UUGAUAAUACAGUUUUUGCAACUUUUCUCCACAGGUUUUACAUGGCAGGAUGAUUAUACCCAGUAUGUGAUGGCCCAGGAACUCGCAAACCUCCCCAAAAGCUACCCACGGCAUCCUGAAGCUUCAAGCCUAGCCAGGACCUCCAAACAGAACAUUGGUGAUGAAAGGAGGCAUAGUCUGGAGAGCGAUACCACCCUGGCGGAGACCCUCCGGCGCUACCUGCCAUACCUGGGGGCUCUGUCCCUGGCAUCAGCCUCCGAUGCACUCCCCAGGAUGACACAUGACAAACCAGCCCCCGAGGGUGAUGACCCCUUUCCAGAGAGCAUCCUGACCUAUGUGGCCCACACAUCUGCACUGACCUACCCCCCUGGCCCCCGAGUCGAGCUUCCUGAGGACCUCUCACUGCGGACACUCAGCCAACUCCAGCCGGACGAGCUUAGCCCUAAAGUGGACAGCAGUGUGGACAGACAUCACCUGAUGGCGGCCCUCAGUGCCUACACUGCUCAGAGGCCCCUCGUGCCUCCCAGGGACGGUGACCUGGGGCCACGGUACCUUCUGCGUGCACCCCCAAGAAUAUCCAGGCCCCUCUUGGCAGCUGUUGCCCCCCAGAAGUGGCCUUCCCCUCCAGGAGACCCCACAGAUGCCGCCAGCAAGGGUGAAGGAGCUCUACUUCAGAGUUUCCUGAAGGACCUGAGGAAGCAGCAAACUGACACGGGGAGUCUGAGCCCCCUGGAGCUUGACGAAGUGGCUGACCUGAUGGCUGAUGUGAUGCAACGUGUGGGUCCCGGUGGAGGUGGAAACAGCGCCAGGCGAACAACUGCAGGAGACCCUGGAGACCCUGAGGCAGCCUUCCGUGGAGACACUUUGCGAGAUAACAAAGUGCAGGAUGAUGAUGACAGAGUUUAUGCAGAGGUUCAUCGUCUGAGCACCAAACUCGGGGACUUCCUGCAGGAUCGUGGGUCCCGACUCUCAGCUGGAGUGCCUGUCCUUGCAAAGCCCUUCAAAACAGAGAUGAAGAAAUCAGAGCACCCCGAGACUUCCUUGUCUUCAGAAGAGGAGAGUGCCGGAGUGGAAAAUGUCAAGAGUCAGACCUACUCCAAAGACCUGUUGGAGAAGAAGCCAAAUCCAGAGCCUGCGGUCGAACUCCAGAACUGGGUGCAGGGGGUUUUGACGGCGGAGCAGAGACUCCCAGCAGGAGCCUGGGAACCUCCCAGCAGUGGCCUGCAGUUGGAGGUCAAGUCUUCUGAGGAAGAGGAGUAUGGCUACAUUGUGACGAGCAACGCCCCCCUGCACCCUGAGGAGGGAAGGCAGUUGAUGGAGGACAUCGCCCGCCUCCUGCAGGUGCCUGACAGCAUCUUUGCCGAUGUCGAGAUUCUGGGUCCAGCAGUGACUUUCAAAGUGAACAUCAAUGCCCAAAACGUGACCACUGCAGAUGUCGCAAAGGCCACAGUUGACAACAAAGAUAAACUGGAGAAAACCUCUGGACUGAAAAUUCUUCAAACCGGGAUGGGGUCGGGUACUGGACAGGGUGAGGGAAAAUGGAUGGAGCAAGGGGCGCAGCACUGCCAGGGCCAGCAAGCCGGAGGUGCCGUGCAGGGAACCCAGAGAUCCGAGCAAAUGCAAAGAAUUGCAACACACAGAGGUGAGAGAAGAAAAGAUUUAUUUAAGAGAAGUUCACCCCCCACAGACAGGAAGUGGGCCUACACUCUAGGUGAGUGUGUCAUCGUAGCCCCCCAGAGUCCUGGCUUAAACCCUUUUCUUGGAGAUGUUGCACAUGACUGCUGUGACUUCCUUAUGGACCACCUGUGGAUGUCUUGGAGAACCUGUGACACAGAGAUCCAUUAA